GGGCUUCUGUGGAGCCCGGUGUCUAUAAAUCCUCACUGCGGCCCUGCUCGCUUCUUGAUGUAUUACAGUGACAGCUGCACUACAUUUUCCUGGCUUGUGUAAUGGGCUUGAGUCUUUUCUCAUUCGGCAACAAAUUACGCAGUGACCAAACGGUGUCACACAGAAACCGACUUGAAACGACCUGCUAAUUCCAGAUAAUUAAGUAAAGUCGUUAAUCACAGCAGCGUGUGAACCUCGUGAACCGACCUGUGAAACAUCUCUUCGGCUCACUAAUUGACUGCCUGUUGUUCCUCCCUCGUUUUAAACUGCCCCAUCUAGCGGUCGCUCCUCGUCUACCCCCCCCUCCCCAUUUAUUAAAUUAUUUCUUUUUUUUUGUCACCGUGAGAAAUAAAGUGCCAGUGUAGAGCAGGGACAUCAGUAGCUGCGCGGCACUUUGCAGCGGCGGAUCGCCGGAGACGGAGCGCUUUCACUUCACUGUGGCGAUUAAAGUUGAGCGCGACACGCUGAUGACCUGCGAGCAUCCUCCGGGGAAACUGUGCAUUUGACUGGCUUAACGAGCGUCAGUUUCCAUCUCCUCACCACAGAUCAUUUGUUGCUGUCGUGGCUCCGCUGUCCAACAGUCCGAAGGCUGCGUUUCAACCCAGCGCACUGACGGAUACGGACACACUCCCGAGGAUCACAGAUGGACUGGCUCACACCUGAGAUGUGAAGUGUGUUAUGUGAGCCAAGGUGUUUUCCCACCUCGCUGGUGGUGGGGAGAGAUGCUGCACUCCGUUGCCAUGACAGCAGAAGUUCUCUUUGUUCUGGGGUUCCUGAUGAGCGCAGCUCACUGUAAUCCUAUAGCGACCUUACCGGCGAGCCGAGAACGUCUGGAAAGAGUGUUGACCCAAGCCAGGGAGGACAAACACCAGGACAAGCAGGCCCCCGAGGAGCCGCUGGGAUACGGGGCUCAGCAGCGGCUGGAGGAAAUCAAUGCUCAGGGUCCCAACAGGACUGCCGUGAGCCGCGCCAGGACGAACCUCAGCUCCCAGACACGGGGAUCUAAAGGCGGGAAGUCCCAGGAGCUGUGGACUGAGCAGAACAGCCUGAACCAAAUAGACGAGGGCCCAACCAGUGACGUCGCCCUCUCCCUGGAGGCGAUCGACGAGUACGCCUACCCAGACUACAGGGGGAAAGGCUGCAUGGAUGAGAGCGGCUUUGUGUUCGCCAUUGGCGAGGAGUUUACCCCGGGCCCUUCGACGUGCCCUUGCCUCUGCACAGACGAGGGCCCUCUGUGCACCAAGCCAGAAUGUCCCAAGGUUCACCCUCGCUGCAUUAAAGUGGACACUAGUCAGUGCUGCCCAAUGUGCAAGGAGAAAAAGAACUACUGCGAGUUUCGGGGCAAGAUCUACGCCUCGCUGGAGGAGUUUAAGGUGUCUCCAUGUGAGAAGUGCCGAUGUGAGCCAAGCGGGGAGGUAUUGUGCUCAGUGGCAGCCUGCCCUCAGACUGAGUGUGUGGACCCAGAAUAUGAGCCGGAUCAGUGCUGUCCCAUCUGCAAGACCGGGCCAAAUUGCUACGCGGACACAGCAGUGAUACCAGCCGGCCGAGAGGUGAAGAUUGAUGAGUGUACAAUCUGCUACUGCACAUACGAGGAGGGCACAUGGCAGAUUGAGCGUCAGGCCACCUGCAGUAAGAACGAGUGCCAGCGGAGCUAGAGACUGGCUCACUCAGAGGGGACAUUGGCACGCCAACACCAGCGCCAAUCCGCAUGUAAACUCUCGGCCUUUCACCCAGUCUACCGGACAUCAGGGUCGGACUGCAGCCCUCGAGCAUUUCAGCAUUUAUAGUCACUCCUGUAUUACUGAAAAAAAAAUGCUUUUAUGAAAGUUUAUAAUCCACACACAGAAUAUCUAUUUAUCUAUGUAUUAAAUUAUUUAUGAAUAUAUACAAAUAUAGGAGUCAUUAAUGCUGAACUAGUGAACAAAUAUUUUUUAUAGCCUCUGUAUUUUAUUAAGCAAUGUAUUGGACCAGAGGUCAAUAAAACAGAAUGUAUAGAACACACACAGCUGUCUUUGGAGGUGAAAACCUCAAUGUCUCAACAUGCGGUGUCACUUGACAAAUCCUGACACCCGUCCCUCUACCACCAAAGUGCAGACUAGACUAUGUGUGAUCCAUUUCACAAUAAUGGGUAAAGAUUUGCUGUGUCGGUCGAUCAGGUGCAGAGUUAAAAACAACAACCAGAAAAAAGAAGGAAAUUCAUGAGGACUUGACUGUUUCUUGACUUCUUUUAUCUUUUUUUGGAUGUUCAAACGUGUUUUGAUUUGAAAGUGCUUUUUUGUAUUUCUCUUGGUACCGUGUGUUCAUUGUUUCAAAUAAAUGCCAAUCUGCGCUCUGUA